AACACCGUAAAUUAAAAGAGAAACGGAAAGUAGUGCAUUCUGUAUGUUUUGCAGUAUGGCGCACAUAUUAAUAGCAUACGUAUUAUGGCUAGUUGGUGGAACAUGGGGACUUCACCACUUUUAUCUUGGGAGGGACAGACAAGCAUUUAUAUGGUGGGCCACAUUUGGCGGGUGUUUUGGACUUGGUUGGUUCAGAGACCUAUGGCGAAUUCCGGAGUAUAUAUUCGCUGCAAACAGAGAUAAAGGGUAUAUGAGAGAAUUUGAGCACAAACGAAUUUGUUAUUCAACCCCACCAUUUAAUGUAGUGAGAUUCUGUGGGGAAUUAAUCCUUGGAUGGUCAUUUGGGGUCCUUGUCCGCCUUUGCGUUCCAGAGGAACACGCAUAUGAAGGAAUUGGUUGGUUGAUUUGUGUUACUGUACCCCCACUUGCCACCGCUUUAGGGGUUCAUGUGGUUGCCAACGAAAAGCCAUGUAGGGCUUCUUUUUAUUGGCCACUAGUAGGUGCAUUGUGUGGAAUUCCCUGGUUAAUAUAUGACUCGGGGAGCAUUCACUACUCAUCAAUACUUGCUACUAUAUUUGUUAAUUGGAAGGGUGUGCAAUGGAAUCCAGAGGUAGGGAACAACAGACCAUUCUGUAGACGCUUCUUGUGUUUGGUUUUUUGUUGUCUUCUAUAUUCCACCAUGUGGGGAGUGGCUAUUUAUCAAACUGCCAGUAUCACCACUAAGGAUGGAGAAGAAAUUCCACUGAGAGAGGCGAUCCCUAACUUCUUUAACUCUCCUGCAUGGGCAGAAAUGAAGGAAUCCCUGAAGCAGUUGUACAAAUUCUAUCAGGUGCACGGAUUCGAGAGGCUUUGGGAAGAAUUUGUGGAGAAAUUAGACCCGGCAGGAGAAGCACAUGCAUACAAGGUCCUAAAUAUUAAAGAAAAUGCUACAGAAAAACAAAUCAAAACUAGUUAUAGGAAACUAGCAAAAGAGUGGCACCCUGAUAAACAUGCUGACCCAAGUAAAAAGGCCGAGGCUCAGGAAAAGUUUAUGGAGAUACAGAGAGCGUAUGAAAUUCUUUCCAAAAUUCAGAGCAAGAGAAUGAAAAUGAACACGAGGGAUAGGCGGAAAGAAGAGGACUAUGAUCAAACGGGCAGAAAGAAAAGGAUGAAAGAUGAGUUUUAGGAGUAUUUACUCGUAAUUAUUCAUAAGUUAGUUUAUGAAGAAUUUGUUAAGUGAGGGUUCUUUUUUUCCAGUCAUUCUAUAAUGUUGAACAUUGAUAGGGAUGAAUGGUUGUGUGCCCUGGGGAAAGAUUUUUUAAAAGCCUUUGAGAGCAUAAAGCAUGUCAUCUAGCUUGUAAAUUAGAGUUUUUUCUAUAGCUCUCACAAGUAUAAACAUGAUCUGUAUCCUGUUAACUACAUGUACACAAGUUUUUUUUUCGAAAUAGAUGUCAUAUGUAUAUUACACAUAUCCUCCUUUUUUUUUUUACUCCAAGAGUUUUACAGUUUUCUAGAGAUAUGUAACAUUCAAGUUUUUAUUACUUAAGCUGCUUUAUCAAUGUGGAAGACAUACUUAUAUAAGGCCAAAAUAAAAUUAUUGUUUGGAAUUGCCUCAUGGAAAUAACGUUACCUUCCGCUGAUAAAAUUUUAUUAGCAAAAAAUUUAAAAACUUUUUUUUAAUAUGUGAAGAUUUUAUUGUUUACCAAUUUUUGAUUAGUUAAACUUAUUAAGUUUGAAAAAUAAAAAAAAAAGAUUCCCUGUCUCUCCCCUGGAUCUAGAAACCUCCAGAUGGCAUUUCCACAUUUUUUGAAGGAUGACCUAAUUUAGAUACUUGUAUGUGGAAAUUACCACCACUAGUACAGUAUUUCAUGCAUUUUGUCACAAACGUACACCCCUUUUAGACAAUCAGCACAUCAUAACUGAGCACAUGUACUAAUUUUUGAAACUAUAUUUAAUAUUUUUUGUCUUCUUUAUAAAACUUUGCUAAAAUGUACAAAAUGCAUGCAUUCCUUAACUUUGUUAGAUCUAAAGUAUUUUAAAGUAUACUUCAACAUUGUCUAUCUAUGCAACUGAAUUAUUUAAAUGAUUAAACACUAUUGCGUUUAUGUCAAAAUAUUUUUAUCUUUUCAGUACACUAAAUAAAUCAUGUAUAUUAAUCAAAUCUCAAAAUACAAGUCCGUCCUUGUCCUGAU